AUGUUCUGGAGUCUAUCGGUAUCACAUUCAUCCCAUACCUACACUCGUACUCAGAUAAAGGUUACACAAUGGAAUCGUAAAUUAUUACAUUUUGAAUCAGACGGCUGGAAAUCUGUUGGACAUACUAUUGAUGAACAAAAUUUACUUCAUGAUAUGUCUAUUGUCGUCGCUGCAUGGCCUGAAAAUGCUGAAGAUAAUAUAAUUACAGUGCCAUGUUUAUCAGCCGAUGGCCAUUUGCUUGUGUUAAGUGUUGGUGCAAGUCGUAUACGGUAUGGAGUAAGUCUAACUUUUAUCACAGUCUAUCCAACCGAUAUGAAAACUGUUUUACCAAAAAACAUUUCAUCUCAUCCUCUCUCGUCAAAUCAACAGAGUCUCUGGUGUAUAUUUAGUGAUGGAUCGGUGACACCUGUUUAUACUUAUGAUUCUAAAUAUUACAGUGAACGGGUAUCUCUUUUGGAUUGUCCACUUAGUCAGUUUGCUAAUGAUCAGUUAUGGAAGCUGAAUCAAACAAUACGAGUUUAUCUUGCAUCAACAACAACAAAAGAUAGAAAAAUACCUAUACUCAAAGCAUUUGUAAAAGUUCCAAUAGUUUCUAUCACUUCAUCAAAUUCUAGUCAAGAAUCUUUUACAUUAUGUACUUCACCUUUACAUAACAAAGCGAAAUAUUUAGUCCAAUGGAUCCAGUUUCAUCGACUAGUUGGAUUUAGUAAAUUCAUAAUAUAUAAUACA